AUGAUUUUGAUCAUUUGCUUUGCCAUGAAGCGUUUUUCUAGUUUGAGGGCUUCACCUGCAGUGAAGGAAAUUCUUCUCAAAAUACACAGAGCCGACAGGCCCAUGGAGAUAGAUCACCACGUGCACGAAUUUGGCUCCAUACACUACCAUCUUCGGUGUUCAGCAUCAGAUCCAACAUACACCUAUUUGUCAGUGUCAACACCUCUUCUAUCUCAAGGACUCCCACUCUCAUCACUACUUCCACAGUAUAGCCGAGAUAUGGUUACACAAAUUUGCCCUCAAGUUAUCGAGACUGUUGAGCCUCCAGAAGAAGGUUACCAGCUAACGUUGAAGCUCAACUUCUCAAAAAUCCCACAGGGUAAAGCCUCCACAAAGAUGAUCACAGACAUAUCCUCGGUCCAAGCAGUAAUCCUCAGCUCCCAACUCAAAGACAUUUUAAAGAAUGUUGAUUCACAUGAAAAUUCUCAAGGAACGUACAAACCAAUCAAACUCGUGUAUCAUCCUAGGGAACCAUUCUUCAUAAUCAAACAGCCCAUGAAAACUACUGCAAUAUUCCCAAUGCGUUUCAAGGAAAAUGAAGAUGUAAUUAUUGCUACAGCCUUCUUUCAGGAACUUGAUGAUAUAGGAAGUUCGGAGGCAUAUCCCAAGGCUCCGCAUUGCACGUGGUCUCCUAUUCCACCUCUGGAGCUAAGGGGAGAGUCUAUUGAAGACCUGAGCACUAAUUGUGGAUUUGUAUCUUUUGAUAUCACAUCACGCCAUGUGAAAGGCAAGAAGCUAGACAAGACUGUGUGGAACCUACUCAAUUUCUGUACAUUGGUUAAAUAUCAUGUAAAGAGCACGAGAUGCUUUAUCCAAAGAAGGAUGAGAACUCGUCUCCAAGGGUUGGUUCAGCAUCUAGAAGAUGUGGAAGUUGAAGAGGAUCAACACAAUAAAAAGAAGGCCCGAGGUAUGCAAAGAAUUGCUUUUUUCGAAACAAAUAUUAUGUUACAUGUGGACAACAAAUCCUGCUCAAGAUAA